AUGCAUAUUGAUAAUGAUACAAUGCAUAUUGGUAAUGAUACAAUUCAUAUUGGCUACAACACUAUCUAUCUAUCUAUCUAUCUAUCUAUCUAUCUAUCUAUCUAUCUAUCUUGGUCUGUUAAUCUAUCUAUCUAUCUAUCUAUCUAUCUUGGUCUGUUAAUCUAUCUAUCUAUCUAUCUAUCUGUUAUGCAUCAAACUAGCAUAAAUAACAGCCUCUGCCUCUCUCUCUCUCUCUCUCUCUCUCUCUCUCUCUCUCUCUCUCUUUCUCUGCCCUCCCUCUUACUCUCUCUCUGUUUUUGUUUUCUCUGCACACACUCUCUCUCAUUCUCUUUGUUUUCUUUCUACCUCUCUCUCUCUCACUCUCUUUGUUUUCUCUUUUACUUUCUGCACUCUCUCUCUCACUCUCUUUUUUCUUUCUACUCUCUUUCUUUUUUUCUUUUACUCUCUUUCUCUCCCUUUCUCUUUUUUUCUCUUUCUACUCUCUGCACUCUCUCUCUCUCAUUCUCUUUGUUUUUCUUUUUUUCUACUCUCUUUGCACUCUUUCUCUAUCAGCACUCUCUUUGUUUUUCUUUUUCUACUCUCUGCACUCUCUCUCUCUUCUCUUUGUUUUUUCUCUUUUCUCUCUUUUUUUUCUUUCUACUCUCUCUCCCUCAUUCUCUUUGUUUCUCUUUCUCUCUCAGCACUUUCUCUCUCUCAUUCUCUUUCACACUCUCUCUCACUCUCUUUGUUUUGUCUUUCUAUCUGCACUCUCUCUCCCUCUCACUCUCUUUGUUUUGUCUUUCUAUCUGCACUCUCUCUCCCUCUCACUCUCUUUGUUUUCUCUUUCUCUCUUUUUACUCACCACACACUCUCUGUUUUCUCUUUCUACACUCUUCAGACUCUGUCUCUCUGUUUUCUCUAUGUACUUACUGCCUGCACUAUCUCUCUCACUGUUUUCUCUUUCUCUCUUUCUACUCCCUGCACCCUCUCUCUCUAUCUAUAUAUCUAUCUCUCUCUGUUUUCUCUUUCUCUCUUUCUAAUCUAUGCACACACUCUUUCCCUGUUUUCUGUUUUUCUCUUUCUACUCUCUGCAUUCUCUCUCUCUGUUUUCUCUUUCUGUCUUUCUACUAUCUCUCUCUCUCUCUCUUUGUUUUCUUUUUCUAUUCUCUGCCCUCUCGCUCUCUCUCUCUCUCUCUCUUUCUCUGUUUUCUUUAUCUAUUCUCAACACUCUCUCUUUCUUUCUCUCUCUUUUCUCUUUGCCCUCUUUCUCUCUCUUUACUCUCUUUCACAUUAUUCUCUCUCUUUCUGUUCUCUUAUCUCUUUCUAUUUACUGCUCCCUUUCUCUUUCUACCCUGUCUAUCUCUCUUUCUGCUUUCUAUCUAUGCUCUCUCUUUCUUCUCUCUAUUCUCUCUCUUUCUCUUCUCUCUCUUUCUCCAUCUCUGA